AUGGGGGAGAGGAGACUAGGGAGAGAGGAGACUAGGGGGAGAGGAGACCAGGGGGAGAAACCAGGGGAGAGGAGACCAGGGGGGAAGAGACCAGGGGGAGAGGAGACUAGGGAGAGAGGAGACCAGGGGAGAGGAGACCAGGGGGAGAGGAGACCGGGGGGGAGGAGACCAGGGAGAGAGGAGACAAGGGAGAGAGGAGACAAGGGGGGAGGAGACAAGCGGGAGAGGAGACCAGGGAGAGAGGAGACAAGAGGGAGAGGAGACAAGGGGGGAGGAGACAAGGGAGAGAGGAGAAAAGGGGGGAGGAGACCAGGGAGGGAGGAGACAAGGGGGAGAGGAGACAAGAGGGAGAGGAGACAAGGGAGAGAGGAGAAAAGGGGGGAGGAGACCAGGGAGAGAGGAGACAAGAGGGAGAGGAGACAAGGAGGAGAGCGAGGAAAAGCCACUAAAGCAAUCUACAGGGAGAUUUAA